GACGACGAGUUGUCGACCAAUCAUAUCCAUGGACGGCGUCGGUCAGCUGUUCUCCUCAAACUCUUAUCACGCAUACCCUCCCUACAACUUUUAUCCUCAACACCACUCUCAUCCCCCUUCAAACCACUCCUCUCCCCAUCCUUCCCCUGCACAGACUCCCAUACCUCCUUCUCCUCACCUCUUCAUCCAGCAUCCCCCACCAGCUGACCUUCCAUCCCAGGACCAUCGCGAGCCUGAUCCCCCUGUCGAUCAGAUCCAAGAUGACCCCCCACUCGACGAGGAACCGCUUUAUGUCAAUGCCAAGCAAUACUACCGCAUCCUCAAGCGGCGCGUAGCCAGAGCUCGUAUCGAGGAACUCCAUAGACUCUCUCGCCAGAGAAAACCUUACUUGCACGAGUCCCGUCAUAAACAUGCCAUGCGUCGGCCGAGAGGUCCCGGCGGUCGUUUCCUCACUGCUGAAGAGAUCGCUGCCCAGAAAGCUGCACAGACUCUAGACACUGUGCCUUCUGGCACUGCAUCUCAAAAUGGCGAAGAGGACGACGACCUGGAGAAGCAUUCCGAGCACGAUAUCGAAAUGGCUGCUCCCAGCCCUGUGGAGCCUCCCAUUUCACCUGUACCCAAGGAACAGCAAUCACGGCCACCUGCAGCCCCUCAACCUCUCCAGCCGCGGCCCCAGCAAAUGCUCCAGCCCCAGAUGCAGCCACCGCACAUCUCACUGCAGCAGCAACAGCCAAUUCCGGGUCCUUCUCAACCGCAGCGACAGCCUCUGCACCCUCACCCCCACCCCCAUUCGCCUAUGCAACAACCACCACAGCCGCAGAACCAACCUCUCCAUUUUCAUCCCCACCAGCAAAUGCAGCAAGCGCAACAGCAACAGCCCAUGCAAUCCCCCUACGAUCACCGUCUUCCCAUGAACCUCUCAGGGAGUCCAAUUAAUCUAACGCAUGUUGGCUUCCUUCCUUCCAUGUCACAUGCUGAUACCCCUCCCAUGUCUCCCAUGUCUCCCGUGCCCAAUUCUGGUAUCCCCCAAGCACCAGGUCCCGAUAGGAUUCAUCUAGAGCAGGAACCACACCACGGUCUUGGUGGUCGUCAUUCUCAUCCCCACUCGCACCCUCAUCCACACCCCCGAAUUGCUCAUCGGAUAUCGCCUGUGCCCAACAUCGCGACUUCCCAUAUGAGUUCGGACAGUGGGUCUGGGACAUUGACAAAUCGCUCUUCACCUGCCGCUGUGGCGGCGGCGGCUGCCGUUGCCAAUUCGUCUUCGGUGACGUUAAGACAACCUUAUGCGCAGAUGCAUCAUGUUCCUCACCCGCAUGCACAUGCGAGACAUCAUCAUUCGUAUGUGAACCAGGCUGAUCAGCUCUAUGGUAGUCCGACGGGAAACAUGCAAGCUGAAAACAAGUGAUUCUUAUGGUACCUGUGUAGUAAAUCAAGCUAGAACCAAUUGCCGUCUGUCUUUACAGUAUUGUACCGUUUCCCUCCUGUCUUCUUUUCUGUUUUCUUCUUGUCGUUGGGUUUGACGGUUACCUAUGCAGGUCCCUGAGAUUCCCCAGUUAUUAAUAAAACCGCCCUAUAUGAUAUUGUUGUAGCUUCAGCGACGGGCUUUCGCAAAACCUCUUAUACAGUAAUCAGGCUUUAGUGUAGAUUCGUGCAAAAUUAGUGGAAAAAGAAACAAAUGCCAGCGGAUUAAAAAAUGUGUCUCAUUCUAUGUCCAUAGCAUCAUCGUCCUGUAACUCUUCUAUGUCCAGUCCGUCCACC